UUGUGCAGGGAAGUUGCACAUUGAGGAGAGCUGGGAGGGAGGAUCACAGUCCUGGAGCCAAUAAAACACUCACUGAGACUACUGAACUCUGCAAAGAGUCAGAGAGAGAGAGAGAGAGGGCAAGAAAAAAGGGGAAAGAGAGAUUUGGCCUUGCAAAUAUCACAAUGAGGGAAAUAGUGCACAUCCAGGCUGGCCAGUGUGGAAAUCAAAUUGGAACAAAGUUUUGGGAAGUGAUCAGUGAUGAGCAUGGCAUUGACCCAGCGGGAGGUUACAUCGGUGACUCAGCAUUGCAGCUGGAGAGAAUCAAUGUCUACUAUAAUGAAUCAUCUUCCCAGAAAUUUGUACCCAGAGCAGUUUUAGUGGACUUGGAACCAGGAACCAUGGAUAGCGUGCGAUCAGGUCCAUUUGGUCAACUCUUUCGACCCGAUAAUUUCAUCUUCGGACAAACAGGUGCAGGAAAUAAUUGGGCCAAAGGACAUUAUACAGAAGGAGCAGAACUGGUAGAUUCAGUGCUCGAUGUAGUAAGAAAAGAAUGUGAACACUGUGAUUGCUUGCAAGGAUUUCAGCUCACUCAUUCCCUUGGAGGAGGAACAGGUUCUGGCAUGGGAACGCUACUCAUCAGCAAAAUCCGAGAAGAAUAUCCAGAUAGGAUAAUGAAUACAUUUAGCGUCAUGCCUUCUCCAAAAGUCUCUGACACAGUGGUAGAGCCUUAUAAUGCCACGCUCUCAGUCCACCAGCUGGUUGAAAAUACGGAUGAAACUUACUGCAUCGAUAACGAAGCUUUGUAUGACAUCUGCUUCCGCACCUUGAAGCUUACCACCCCUACAUACGGAGAUUUAAACCACUUGGUGUCUGCUACAAUGAGUGGAGUUACUACAUCGUUGCGUUUUCCAGGCCAGCUGAAUGCUGAUCUUCGGAAGCUGGCAGUAAACAUGGUCCCAUUCCCACGCCUUCACUUUUUCAUGCCAGGCUUUGCUCCUUUGACAGCCCGGGGUAGCCAGCAAUACCGAGCACUCACAGUUCCGGAGCUCACUCAACAGAUGUUUGAUGCUAAGAACAUGAUGGCAGCCUGUGACCCAAGACAUGGACGAUAUUUGACAGUGGCCACAGUCUUCCGAGGUCCCAUGUCCAUGAAAGAGGUUGAUGAGCAGAUGCUGGCCAUCCAAAAUAAGAACAGCAGCUACUUUGUGGAGUGGAUCCCAAAUAACGUAAAAGUGGCUGUUUGUGACAUCCCACCCCGUGGCCUCAAGAUGGCCUCUACCUUCAUUGGUAACAGCACAGCUAUUCAAGAGCUUUUCAAAAGGAUCUCUGAGCAGUUUUCUGCCAUGUUUAGGAGAAAAGCCUUCCUCCACUGGUUUACAGGAGAAGGAAUGGAUGAAAUGGAAUUUACAGAAGCAGAAAGCAACAUGAAUGACCUGGUUUCGGAAUACCAGCAGUACCAAGAAGCUGCAGCAAAUGAUGGAGAGGAAGCAUUUGAAGAUGACGAGGAAGAAAUCAAUUAAUAAAACCAAUUAUCUUAUAGCAGGCCAAAAUUCUUAUAUCUGGAUUUCUAAAAUUAGGUUUAAAAACCCAUAUUUAGGUUCCAAAAGAAAAAUGAAAAUGUAGUUGAUGAGUGUGUGCCCAUUUAGAUUCUGCUAACUUAAGCAGGACCUGCAAAAGCUUAGCACCUCUGAAACUCAGGCCAUUUCUAUUUAGGAGCUUAAUUUUAGGUGCCUGAUUUUAGAAUUUUGGCAUAAGAAUCUGUCCAAGGAAAUCACUAGAUUUCUUCAAAUAAGCAAAACUCUUUCACAGAAAGUUGUACAAGAGGCAGAAGGGGAAUGGGUAUACAUUUGGGAAAAAGGCUGAACUGUUUUAAUCAAACUGAGAACAGCAAAAACUGGUGGAUCUUCAAAGUGUAAAAAUACGGCACUGAAUGUACAGUACUGAACUUCCAAGAGCUAAAAUCUAUUAAUACAGAGAAAGAAAUGUUUUAUCCAUGUUCAACUCUUUACAUAGUAAAUCUUGAUACUAAUAUUUGACUUCAGACAUUUAACAGCAAAACUAAAUAAAAAUAAGUAUCCUCUCAAUACCAGUGUUUUGACCCAUCAAUACCUAAUAUACUUAGAGUGAACUGAGGAAAAAAUGUUCACUAGAAAUGUUUUCAAGAACUGUAAUGCCUAUGUACUCUCAGAACUUUACCAACUUGUCCCAGGAUAUUCACACCAUGUAUACAUGCAACCUAUGCACUACAUGACAGAUCUUGUGCAGGCUCUCCAAUCAUAUGCUUGAAUCUAAAGGAUUUAAGAUAGUAAGAGGGAGGGAUGCAUACAAACUAAUUAUUGUGACUUACAUUCUAUAAAAUGGAUUUAUAUUUCAGAUACUUUGGAACAACUCCAUGCAAAGGAAGAACAAAGCACCUCAAGAAACCCAAACUUUAAAAGCAUCAGGAAUCUUUUGAUCCCUUCUUUCUCCCUCUCAAAAUACUGCUUGAGUCAAUGUAGUACAGUUGAAUUUUACUAACACUCUUGAAUAAUUUUACUAACCCUUUAAUAAUUUAAUUUUGUUCCAAUGGACUUCACCUAUUAUACUAUAACAGUCUAUUUGGGAAUCAAGGAAUUGGACAGAAUGUUUCAAAGUAUAUGAGAAAUAAUUGUAUUUUGGUUACAAGCCAAUGUUGUCUGCAUAGUUUUAGCCCAAUAACAUCUAUAUUAACUUAAUUCUAAUUGUAGGUUUUCUGUAGAAUGUGACUGUGGAUUGAAGGUACCGAUUGACUUCACUCUGACACAGGUGUAUACCCAGACAUGCCACCAGGAGGCUGGAUGGAUGAGCUUUGAGAGUUGCAUAUAAAUUCACAGGGGCUGUCUGGAAUGACCAGUUAUACAAAAAGGAAUUAUUACAUAGAAAGAGAUCACAGUAAAAAAAUAGUAAAUUGUGGGAUACAUUGUAAUUGUGUAUUGGAGUGUGUACAAAAAAAUGAGAGAAAAUUCCAAACGUGAAUGAACAAUUAACACCCAAUUGUGUACAAAACAACCACCACAGAAAGGGGGGACUUGCUAACAAACAAGUUCACUGGUGUCCCACACAUGACAGGCUAUUAGCACCAAGGAAAAGAGGACAAACUUAUUGUAUUCUUUAGCUAAUCAGAAGAAAAGCCUGCUACUGUACUUACUUGUAAGAUAUGUUGCUAUAGCAGGGGUGGGCAAUUAUUUCGUCUGGAAGGCCACUUAAUGCGUUUUAGUGAGCUGUCAGGGGCUGCAAGGGUAGCCUUAUCCCU